UAUGACGACGAGCGCGAGGACCCCAAUGGUUUGCGCACCAUUUCCUGUUCUUCAAUCUUCACCGUCAAAUUUCCCCAUCCCGCGAGGACGGCUAUCUUCAAAACCAAGUAGAGAGAAGAAAAGGGAAGCAACAAGCAACCCCAGAGAGAGAGAGAGAGAGAGAGAGAGAGAGAGAGGCAGAAAAAGAAGUUGGAGGGAUAAGCAGAGGGAGAGGGAAGCAGAGGGCGUCCAAGAUACUGACGAAGAGGACAGGCAGAGGCGUAGACGGAGAGAAUUGCAGUUCUUGGAGCAACGCCGAGGGGGAAAAAAGGAUCUGGGCUGUGUUUGUUCCGACGGAAUUCUCCGUCUUUUCCCGAGACAAUUCCUUUGAGCUUUUGGACGCACAUGCUUCUCCGACUCCCGGUUUUCUCCUCGUUAAUUGGGCUCUCCCUCGCUGAAGAUUUCUCUGUUCAUCUGGAUCUUCUGAGGUUCUUGGCCUCCGAAUUCAAAUCGAUGUUUUAGUUUCAACACGCUGUCGCUCUUGCCAUCUAAAUUUUCGCAAAGUGGUCUCCUUCAUUUGGUUGUGGAAAUGGAGAAGGAAGAUAAUGGUCAAAGGAGCGAUCUUAAAGCAUCGGAGCCUGAUUUUCUCCUACAGUGGGGAAACAGGAAGCGACUCAGAUGCGUUAGAGGCAAAGAGUCUGGAGUCUCCCACAAAUUCAGCGGCGGUAUUCGCCGGAAAAUUACGUCCCGGGUCGAUCGCUGUUUCAUCGCCGCUGUUGAUACGGAAAAUUCGCAUCUUCAAGCUCAUCGCUUCACCAGGAAUUCUGAUGGGACCACUAACCGGUCUACCUUGAAUGAAAACCCGAAGUUGGCGUCUCCAGAGAAAGAGGACCGGUACUAUUCGACGAGAGGAUCGGCUGGUGUGGAUGAUAAUGGGAAGGUUCCGGUGGAUGUGAAUGGUAACAUAGUAGAGAGGGAGCUGGUUUGGCCUAAGCUGUAUAUUGCGCUUUCGAGCAAAGAGAAAGAAGAAGACUUUCUUGCCAUGAAAGGGUGUAAGCCCCCCCAGAGGCCUAAAAAGAGGGCCAAGAUCAUCCAAAGAACAUUACUUUUGGUCAGUCCGGGGGCGUGGUUAACUGAGAUGUCGCAAGAAAGAUAUGAAGUGAGGGAGAAGAAGAAUUUAAAGAAGAGACCAAGGGGCUUGAAGGCCAUGGGCAAUGUGGAAAGUGACUCGGAGUGAAAACAGAAAAUUUUUUAAUGAUGACGGAUUGUUUUGAGGAUUUGUAGUGGAGGGAAGUGGAAGAGUUCUUGAUUAUAUGUUGUGCUUGUAAAGUAAGUUAUCUUCCAUCUUAAGACGACGGGAGUGGUUGAUCUUCGUCGUCGACCUGUAAUGUUGACUCAUUGUUCUUUGUUAUUGGGAUGAUUCCACCAUGGGGGAAAAAAAAGGUGAUGCGUAGAGCUCAUGCUUUUGCUCCGGUGGUUGUUGAAAUGCAUCUAAAGUUUUAGUUUGUUCA